UGUUUGUGUAAAGUGAACUGUUUGUGUAAAGCGAACUGUUUGUGUAAAGCGAACUGUUUGUGUAAAGCGAACUGUUUGUGUAAAGCGAACUGUUUGUGUAAAGCGAACUGUUUGUGUAAAGCGAACUGUUUGUGUAAAGUGAACUGUUUGUGUAAAGUGAACUGUUUGUGUAAAAUAAACUGUUUUGAACUGUGUAAAAUAAACUGUUUGUGUAAAGUGAACUGUUUGUGUAAAGUGAACUGUUUGUGUAAAGCGAACUGUUUGUGUAAAGCGAACUGUUUGUGUAAAGCGAACUGUUUGUGUAAAGUGAACUGUUUGUGU